AUGAUGACGUCGGGGGUGGGUGUGGGGGUGGUGGUGGUGGUGGAGGAGGAGGAUGAGGAGGAGGAGGAGGAGGAUUUAAGUGGUGGUUCUGCAGGUCGGUCAACGUUCGCUGAUGACUUGGGAGGCUACGAAAAGGUGGACGGAGAGAUGACGGUUGCGGUUGCUGCAGUUGGUCCGGAGGUGUCUAGCAAGCCUAAAUGGCGCUCGGAAUGA